AUGCGUUCGGCGCGCGUUAAAUCGUCGCCCCUGCCUACACCUUUCACAGGAGAGGCAAUAAUGAAAUACACGCAGCGGCACGGAAGCGACCCGGGCGUGUGUGCGUCCGGCGCAUACGGUAGGCACACAGACGCGUCGGGUUCAGAAACUAAAGUUAAAUUUGCAAGUGAUAGAUAUGCGAGGCGCUCUCGGAAUGUAAUUUUCACACGCUCAAGCGACGUCACUGCACCCCCCCCCCCUCGCCCCCCGUACAAUACCGAACCGCCCGACCGCCACCCCCGAGUAGUCGGGGAGCCCGACAAAAAUGUCCGA